ACCAGAAACAAAAUCCACCUGCCUUUGGCGCCAAAGUCAUUCAUCUCUUUCUUUCUCUUUCUUUCUCUCAUAUCGCUUCCUUGUUUUUGGCUUGAUUGACGGAAAUGGAUUCCGAUCAGGAGGCUUCAUCGGCAGUCGAUUUCGAAGAUAAAGAACACUAUAUUACCAGUUUUUAUGAUAGGAUUCGUGAUAUCAAAAUAAGCCAGGAAACCGCGAUCGAAGGGUUCCGGAUAUUGGAGGGCCAUUUGCGGCAGGAGGAAACGGCGGAAAUGGCAGAUCUGAACAAUGAAGCUGAAUAUCUGGUGAUUGCAAUCGAGCACAUGAACAAAAAGUUUCAAAGCUUCUCGACUCAGAUCUCUCCCGCUGGUAUUCAGAAUCUUGAUCUUACAGAGGUUCGACGUGUGAUAUUCAACCAAGCGGAUAAUCAAUUGGAACCCUUAAUGCAACAGACUUUAUGGUUCUGGAGAACAUUUGAAGAGAUCGAGAAAAGGGUAGAAGCCUGUCUUCUCAAUUUUCAACUUCGUAAAACACCGUCCGGUUCUGCGGGCAGCGGUAGUGAAACAAAUACGCGACCUCCGCCUACGGCUAGCCAUGUUGCGGUCCUUCUAGACAGAAUUGAUGCUACGAAAUGCAAUCCUGAAGAUAUCGAAGAAAUCAGUAGUAAGUUCCGCUCUUUUCUUCAGAAAUUCAAAGGACUUCAACGCAUUCAAAGCAAUCUACCGCCUGCCAAGUCCAAGAUCGAGGCAACGGAGAACAAGUCAGAGGAACAGGAGAUAGAAACGGAAGCUGCCACGACAUCGAAGCACAAAACGGAGCAAGGUACGGAAGGGAUUGGUUCAUCAGAAGGAUCAUUGGCUGCCUCUGGUGAUGACAACGGCGAGGGCGUUGUUUCCAAACCCUAUGCCAAGGUUCUUGAUCUUCAAGAACAGAUAACAGCCACUGAACAAAAUGUCAAGAAAUUGAUGGAAGAGUUGAAGAAAAUGGAAGAUCUGCACAAGGAAGCUAAAGAUGCAUCGAUGGAAUUUGAAGAGUUGAAGAAGAGGAUUCAAGAAUCCACGCCUGCGUUCUUUCCAUCUGGUGAUCAGAGUCUUGAUCCUUCACUGUUGGAAACGUUUCAGCAAUGGAAUCUCGGCUUCGCUCUAGAACUCAAAGCAAUCGAUCAGAGAGUCAAAACUGUUCAGGAGUCGAUAGCACCGAGUAGGCAAGGGACACCUCCACCACCUCCGGAAAAAGAAGAGCUGACACUGAGUCCUGCCACCGCAUCGAAAAUCGCGGCUAUGGAGUUAACCGAAGCGAUCAAUCAGCAAGUAUCAGGUACCAACCGGAGUUUGAGUGAUAUCGUGAUUGGUGUGUAUGGAUUUCAAUCGAGCCAGGCAAAUGAGAUAGAGAUGGAAGUUGCUAGGAUAGCCCUGAAUUGGAAAGGUCAAGCUGCUAGAACUUCAUCAGGGACUGGUUCAGAUUCAACAAUAGAACAAAUGAAAUUGAAUUGGAAAGGUGUGGGGGAAGCAAAGAAAGUGCUGCAAUGCUUGAAGUCUGAGAAUAAGGAAAUUCACCAUGAGAUUCCGGCUGCAUUAAGGCUCUGGAUUUACUGUGUGGAGGCUCAAAUUUAUAACCUUGUUCGUUAUCUCCGAUCCAUGAUGUCAAGCAAUGAAGAAGCAUGGGAGAGGCUGCAGCACUUGAGAAGUGCACUUGGAGAAUUGAGACUGAGCAAUGAUGGGAUGGUACCAAUUAUGGUACACAAGAUCUUUGCAUUGCUGGAAACGCAGGCACCAGAGGAGGAAUCAGGAUAUAACAGAGAACAGCAGGCAACAUUGUACAGAGACAUGAGUUUUGAUAAGAUGAUUGAUUCAGUUCAUGGGAUGAUUUUUCAUAUCAGACUUACGCUGAUGGGUUCGGGCAUUUCGAAUGCAAAGGAAGUAAGUCCAUCUACGCUGGAGAUAUGUGAGCAGGCGUUAAUAAAAGCUGAGGAGGAAUUGAAGAGAAUUGAGGAGAGGAUUACGGAAGGCAGGACAUAUGUUCCACAAAAGAGGAAGAGAGAGGAUGAAGAAGGCCCAAGCGGAGGUGGAAACGGCAGUGGGAACUUGGAAAUGUCAGAGGAUGCCAAGGGAAAAAGGGUGCGGAGGGAAGAGUAAUUUGCAUGGUAUUGUGAUAAGAGUGUAUAAAUGUGGAAACCUUGAUGAUUUGUUUUCUUCUCCAAUUAAGCAAUACAAUAGGCAUGGUGAUGUUGUAGAUUUUUGAAUUUGGAGGGUAAGAGUCCAAGUUUGGUCAAUUUUGGGAUUUGGACUUAGUGUCUGAAGAAAGGAAGACCAAGUUCGUGUGUUACCAGUUUACCAAUACAUUUUUCAAUGAUUA